AUGUCCUGCGAUUUAGCGCCGUCUCUAACCCAUGGGGUGGAUCCUUCGAACGACGACUAUUGCAAUACAUUUCCAGACCCCGGCAACAUAGCCAUCAUCAUCAAAACCGGCGCCACCGAACUCCACGCCAAACUCCCCACGCCACUGGCCACCACCCUGAAAUGCGUCCGCGAACCGCUCAUCUUCUCGGACCUGGAGCAGAGACUAGGCGAGCAUCGCGUCCAUAAUGCGUUGGCCAACUUCACCCCCAGUGCCAUGGAAGGCAACAAGGACUUUGACAUUUACAAGCUGCAGCAGCAGUAUGUGGCUUCAGGGCGAGAGGCAGAUUUACCGGAUCUGAGCAGCAUUUCUAUUCCUUCUGAUGAUUGGAGGACGGAGGGGAAGAGCGCUGCUUGGGGGCUUGAUAAGUAUAAGUUUUUGCAUAUCGUCGAGCAGACCUGGGACCUUGCACCAGACCGCGACUGGUACUUCUUCAUAGAAGGAGACACAUACAUCAGCUGGCCCAACCUCCUCAAAUGGCUCAAUACCCUGGAUCCUCGCCAGAAACUCUACUACGGCAACGCCGUCCGGAUCUGGGAGUAUCCAAAAGAGCUCUACUUCGGCCACGGCGGCAGCGGCUUCCUCCUCUCCGGCGCCGUGGUCAAGGAAUUCGCUGUCGAUCGUCGAGGUCUCGCGAAACGAUGGGACAAGCGCGUGCACAAGAUGUGGUUCGGCGACUACGUUCUGGCUGCUGCGCUUUUCGAGGAACUCCAUCUGCGACUCACGGACGCGAAACCAUCUCUGACCUCAGUCGACGCGAGCGCGCUCACGUUCUCGGAGGACGUGUUUUGCAAGCCGAUCGUGACUUUGCACCAUGUCAAUUCUCAGCACCUCAACGACAUGUUCCAAUUUGAAAGGACGCUGAAUGGCUCUGAGCUACUCUAUCGCGAUGUCUAUCACGGCUCGUUUCCCAGCGGUAUGCCGUUCAACCGCACGAACUGGGAUAAUCUCGACGAGGAAGCAGAGCUAGCUCUUCAAUCCACGUCAGAAGAUUCAGAGAAUGAGAGUCAAGAAGAUCCGCACAGCUCGUACGAAGACUGCGAGAAAGCGUGCGUGGACAACGAGAAAUGCCUCCAAUUCUUAUUCGUCAAAUCCAUCGCGGAUCAAGACGAUGCAGAGAAGGUAAUGAAAGGUGAAUGCCACAUCAUGCAUGCCGUCAGACUCGGGCAGGAGCACAAGCCGGAAGUCGACAAGAACGGCAAGGGAGCGGGAAAGCAGUGGGUGAGUGGAUGGCUGAGAGAUCGGAUAGCGAGGUGGAUUGAGGAACAUCAGAGUUGUUCGAUAGGCGAUAUUUCGUGGCCAUGA